CUCCGUUUAACUUUUGGCUGACUUUUUUUCUGCUGUCCACAACAGUUUUUCAAUUUGUCUCGCCACAGUUGAAUUGUAUCUUUUGUGUUCAAUAGCCUUACAGAACCUAUAAAACCUAAUACAAAAUGGGAGUUCCAGCUGGUGAUGUUGAAAAGGGCAAGAAAAUCUUCGUCCAACGUUGCGCCCAAUGCCAUACCGUUGAAGCCGGCGGCAAGCACAAGGUCGGACCCAAUCUACACGGAGUUUUCGGCCGCAAGACCGGUCAAGCUCCCGGAUUUGCCUACACAGAUGCCAACAAAUCGAAAGGAAUCACCUGGAAUGAGGAUACCCUCUUUGAAUACUUGGAAAACCCCAAGAAAUACAUCCCUGGCACAAAGAUGAUCUUCGCUGGUCUCAAGAAAGCCAACGAACGUGGAGAUCUCAUCGCUUACCUUAAGUCUGCAACUAAGUAAAUUUUAAGUUAAAUUAAAAAACAAAAACAAAACACACAAAAACUGCAAAUAACACCGCCAGUAUAUAAAUACAUGUAUAUUAACGGUAAGAUAAAAGAGAUUUAUGCGAAUGCAACACACAGGACAUAGGUGUUAUUAUGUUCUGAGUGGGAAUCUCUUUUGUUGAGCCUGUAAAUUUAACACCCCAUCGUCGUUAUUGUCAAUACAAAAACAA